GCACAGUUGUGCCAUUUGGAAAUGAUUGUCCCGUAAAGGCGCACAUGGCGAUCUGAAGGCGCAGAAGAGUUCGGGACACUGAGAGAAACGCAGCAGUCAGGGAUUCAUUAUUCAGAUCAAAAUGAUGACCAAACCAUUUGGGAAGAGCGGGGAUGUGACUGAAUUGGUGACCUCCCUCGCCUGGCUGGAGGAUGACGGCAGCUCCCAGGACGGAGAGGAAAGCCCAAAGAUGAGGGGUCACCACAGUUUGAUUACAGGGGGCUGCAUCCGCACCUGCGCAGAAAUGGGCAGUGAGGACAUGGAGGAGGAGGAAGAGGAAGAGGAAGAAGAUGGUGAGGAGGAGAUUGGACCAAAUGGGGAAAAGGCCCCCAAACGGAGAGGCCCUAAAAAGAAGAAGAUGACCAAAGCUCGACAAGAGAGGUUUCGUGCCAGGAGGAUCAAAGCCAACGCUAGGGAACGUUCACGAAUGCACGGACUGAAUGAUGCGCUGGAUAAUCUGCGCAGAGUGAUGCCCUGCUACUCCAAGACACAGAAACUAUCCAAAAUUGAGACUCUGAGAUUAGCUCGCAACUACAUCUGGGCCUUAUCAGAGGUGCUUGAGAGCGGCCAGUCCCCAGAGAGCCACGGCUUUGUGGAGAUGUUGUGUAAAGGUCUGUCUCAGCCCACCAGUAACUUGGUGGCUGGGUGCCUGCAGCUGGGACCAACUCCGAUGCUGCUCAACAAGACAGAGGACAAGUGUGGAGGCCCGGCAGUGGGCAGUGUGGGGGGUCAGGCUGGCCAUCCCCUCAGCUACUCAUCCCCAGGCCUUCCCAGCCCCCCCUAUGGCUGCCUGGAGGCAUCUCACCUCUUCCAUAUGAAGGGCUUCAAGGGGCCGGUCUAUGAUAACCCCUCCCCUAACGAGUGCAGCAGCGGCACUCCGCCAUACGAUGGGCCGCUCACUCCUCCCCUCAGCAUCAGCGGCAACUUUGCCCUGAAGCAGGAGCCCUCUCCCCAUGACUCAGAGAGGAACUACACAUCGCACCCUGCCCAUGCUGCCCACUAUCUGCCUUCCCAUCAUUACUCCACUUCCACAGCUGGCAGCAUACCAGGGGGGCCUCAGGGCCACCCACUGUUCCAGACGUCACGUUAUGAGUUGCCUCUGGAUGUGGUCUUUGACUCCUUCACUCCAUCUCACCUGGGCACCAUCUGAAUGCCGUGAAACAUUCCAGGGCAAAACUGCUCUAAAGCCCAAUAAGACACUGUAACUGUGCAGAGAAAACGGUUUGUGUCGCCCCUGAGAGAGCACUGACACUCAUUUCCUCAACUCAAGCUACCUGAUACAAGCGCACGCCCGUUAAGAUUUAGUUGUUUCUCUUUUAUUUUUAUUA